ACGUGAGGGGAUGCAAACGGAAUGCAGCCGUAGUCCAGGUUCUCUUACCACCAGUAUUUUAUAAUUUCAGCAGCACUGUGUCUCAGUCAUUCAUUCUUUUUUACUGGAAUAGCAACCGUUUGGGGGAAAAUUGUGUUUAUUAAAAAGGUAAAAACAUGAGUGUCGAGGCGUACGGGCCGAGCUCGCAGACUCUAACGUUCCUGGACACCGAGGAGGGCGAGCUGCUGGGAGCGGACACCCUGAGCUCCGAGUACGACUUCACCGACUUCACCCUGCCGAGCCAGACCCAAGGCCAAACCCAGAGUCAGCUGGAAAACCAGGUUAAUGGCCUUGAUGGCCUGCUACAGAAUGGAGACGACCCAGUGUUAAAAGUCGGUCAGCUGCUGGCAGAGUUGAACUUUGAGGAGGAUGAGGAGGACGCGUACUACACCAAAGAUCUUCCAAUACAUGCCUGCAGUUACUGUGGUAUUCAUGAUCCAGCCUGUGUGGUCUACUGCAACACCAGCAAGAAGUGGUUCUGCAACGGCCGGGGAAACACAUCCGGCAGCCACAUUGUAAACCACCUGGUGAGAGCAAAGUCCAAGGAGGUGACCCUGCAUAAAGAUGGCCCUCUGGGGGAAACUGUGCUGGAGUGCUACAACUGUGGCUGUCGCAAUGUCUUCCUGUUGGGCUUCAUCCCUGCCAAGGCCGACUCUGUGGUGGUGCUAUUGUGCAGGCAGCCAUGUGCCAGCCAGAGCAGCCUGAAGGACAUCAACUGGGACAGCUCUCAGUGGCAGCCUCUCAUCCAGGACCGCUGCUUCCUGUCCUGGCUGGUGAAGAUCCCCUCGGAGCAGGAGCAGCUCAGGGCCCGUCAGAUCACCGCCCAGCAGAUCAACAAGCUGGAGGAGCUCUGGAAGGAAAAUCCCACUGCGACCUUGGAGGACCUGGAGAAGCCCGGCGUGGACGAGGAGCCCCAACAUGUGCUGCUCCGAUAUGAGGACGCCUACCAGUACCAGAACAUCUUUGGUCCUCUUGUGAAGCUGGAGGCCGACUAUGAUAAGAAACUGAAAGAGUCUCAGACUCAAGACAGCAUAACAGUAAGAUGGGACUUGGGCUUGAAUAAAAAGAGGAUUGCUUAUUUCACUAUUCCCAAGACGGACUCGGAUAUGCGACUGAUGCAGGGAGAUGAAAUCUGCCUGAGGUACAAAGGGGAUCUGGCCCCUCCGUGGAAAGGCAUCGGACAUGUCAUCAAAGUCCCCGAUAACUAUGGUGAUGAGAUUGCCAUAGAGCUCAGGAGCAGUGCCGGCGCUCCAGUGGAGAUCCCUCACAACUUUCAGGUCGACUUUGUGUGGAAGUCCACUUCCUUUGACAGGAUGCAGAGUGCCCUGAAGAUGUUUGCUGUGGACGAGACUUCAGUGUCUGGUUACAUCUACCACAAGCUGCUGGGACACGAGGUAGAGGACGUGGUGAUCAAGUGCCAGCUGCCCAAACGCUUCACUGCUCAAGGCCUGCCCGACCUCAACCACUCACAGGUGUACGCAGUGAAGACGGUGCUGCAGCGUCCUCUCAGUCUGAUCCAGGGUCCUCCUGGCACGGGGAAGACGGUCACCUCUGCCACUGUCGUCUACCACCUGGCCAGACAGGGCAACGGGCCAGUGCUGGUGUGUGCUCCCAGCAACAUUGCGGUCGACCAGCUGACGGAAAAGAUCCACCAGACGGGCCUGAAGGUGGUGAGGCUGUGUGCCAAGAGCAGGGAAGCCAUUGACUCGCCUGUGUCCUUCCUGGCUCUGCACAACCAGACCCGCAACAUGGACAGCAUGCCAGAACUUCAGAAGCUGCAGCAGCUGAAGGACGAGACUGGAGAGCUGUCAUCCUCAGACGAGAAGCGCUACAGAGCUCUGAGACGCACCGCCGAGAGGGAACUGCUCAUGAAUGCCGAUGUGAUCUGCUGCACCUGUGUUGGGGCGGGGGAUCCUCGUCUGGCCAAAAUGCAGUUCCGCUCGAUCCUGAUCGAUGAGAGCACCCAGGCCACCGAACCAGAGUGCAUGGUGCCCGUCGUCCUGGGCGCCAAACAGUUGAUUCUGGUGGGUGAUCACUGCCAGCUGGGCCCGGUGGUGAUGUGUAAGAAGGCGGCUAAAGCCGGUCUGUCCCAGUCUCUGUUUGAGCGUCUGGUGGUUUUGGGGAUCCGGCCAAUCCGCCUGCAGGUCCAGUACCGCAUGCACCCGGCCCUCAGCGCCUUUCCAUCCAACAUCUUCUACGAGGGCUCUCUGCAGAACGGAGUCACUGCGGCGGACCGAGUGAAGAAAGGCUUUGACUUCCAGUGGCCGCAGCCCGACAAGCCCAUGUUCUUCUAUGUGACCCAAGGCCAGGAGGAAAUAGCCAGCUCUGGAACAUCCUAUCUCAACAGGACUGAGGCAGCGAAUGUGGAGAAAAUAACCACCAGGUUACUGAAGGCUGGAGCCAAACCCAAUCAGAUCGGCAUCAUUACGCCCUACGAGGGUCAGAGGUCCUACCUGGUUCAGUACAUGCAGUUCAGCGGCUCCCUCCAUACCAAACUCUACCAGGAGGUGGAGAUAGCCAGUGUGGAUGCCUUUCAAGGCAGAGAGAAGGACUUCAUCAUCCUCUCCUGUGUGAGGGCCAAUGAGCACCAGGGCAUCGGCUUCCUCAAUGAUCCCCGACGUCUCAACGUGGCACUCACUAGGGCCAGGUAUGGUGUGAUAAUUGUGGGAAACCCAAAGGCCCUGUCGAAGCAGCCUCUGUGGAACCACCUGUUGAAUUACUACAAGGAGCAGAAGGUCCUGGUCGAGGGGCCCCUGAACAACCUGAGGGAGAGCCUCAUGCAAUUCAGCAAGCCCCGCAAGCUUGUCAACACCAUCAACCCUGGGGGACGAUUCAUGAGCACAGCCAUGUAUGAUGCCAGGGAGGCUCUCAUUCCUGGAUCUGCUUAUGACCGCAGCAACGGACGUUCAUCCAAUAUGUAUUUCCAGACCCACGACCAAAUUGGUAUGAUUGGCACCGGCCCCAAUCCCAUGAAUUCCCUGAACAUCCCCAUCCCCUUCAACCUUGUGAUGCCCCCCAUACCUCCACCUGGGUACAUGGGGCAGGUCAAUGGGCCCUCAGCAGGUCGUGGUGGUGGAAUGAAAGGCAAGGCAGGCGGUGGAGGCGGGAAUCGAGGUGGCCGUCAAAGAAACCGCGGCAACAUGGGGAACCACAGCGGAGGGAAUGGAGGAACAGACCGGCAUGGAGGCCACAUGAGCGGCAGCCAGGCCAGCCAGGACCUGGGCUCCCAGUCGUUCUCCCAGGGCCCGCUGACGCAGGGCUACAUCAACAUGAGCCAGCCCUCUCAGAUGAGCCAGCCCGGGCUCUCACAGCCUGAACUCUCUCAGGACAGUUACCUAGGAGACGAGUUCAAAUCCCAGAUUGAUGUGGCGUUGUCCCAGGACUCCACCUACCAGGGGGAGCGGGCCUACCAACACGGUGUGACUGGACUGUCCCAGUACUAGACUGUUGCUGGUAAAGAGCUAGGCCUGUGUGAAGCUUAGUUCAAUGGUAUUUUAAUCUGGGUAAUAACAAAAAAGAACAAACAUGGAUACCCGUUUUCCACUGCUACAACCGAAGCACCACUGUGUGAAAGUAACAGGAGAGAAACCGUGAGAAACCAAC